UUCGUAAGCUACAAGUCUUAUCGUUGAUACGCAGUAAAACUAAUCAUCUAGCUCUUCUUCGACGUUCGACCUCGUGUUUCUUUGAAAAAAAUAAUUAAGGAAAAAUUGUGUUAGUAUAAAAAGUGUCGAGUUUUAAAAUGCCUUUAAAAAAAAUCGAACAAAACGUUCAUAAAGAAUAUCGUACAUGGAAAGUUGAAAAUAUGAGUGAAGCAUUCUCAAAAGUAAAUCCGGACGAGACCUAUCGUCCAAAUUUUCCUGUUCAGAAGACUCACUACUUCUCUACAGAAUUUCAAGGUCAUGUCGUUGACUGGUGCGUCACAUUGCAAUUUUGUAGUAAUGAAUUGCAGUGUGGAUUCUUCAUAGAUUUCGACGCUGUUAAAAAAUUGGAACCUAAGAAUCAUGUCACCUGUAAUUUUUAUCUGAUCGAUGCCGACAAAAAUAAGUAUUAUCUUGGACGAAAGAACCGGAAAUUUGAUAAUUCUCCGGUUUCUUAUUUUCCUAGAGUAUGUACAUGCUGUUUACCUUACUUACCGAACACAAUUGAUAAACUACUUCCAAAUGAUACGAUGACACUGUACAUCGAACUCAUAACUUACUUAAAUGAUGAUCCUAUAUUUCCUGACGAGUAUAUGAUUAAUAUCUAUGAUCAUGAUCCCAAUUCAUCAGGUGAUUUCUCGGAGUUAUAUAAAGUUCAAGAUGACCGUGAUGUUAUGAUUUAUGUGCAGGGUGUUGCAUUUCCAGUCCAUAAAAGAGUAUUGGAAGCACGGUGUCCUAAAUUAUAUAAAAUGGUUGAUCAUCAUCAACACAUGUCUGAUGGCAAUGAUAACAAAGUAGCUCUUACGGAUAUAGAGCCAGAGAUAUUUAAAAGAGUUUUAGAAUUUAUGUACACUGGGAAUGUUGAGGACUUGGAUGAUCAUGCAGUAGGUUUGCUAGAAGCUGCUUCGAACUAUGAAUUAAUAAGAAUGAAAAAUCUGUGUGAAGAAUCCCUCGCCAGCUACUAUUGUACCGUCGAAAAUUCUGAAGAAAUUAAAUCGUUGGCUGCUAAGUGUGGUGCCAAAUCAUUGUUCCAGAUCGCCGAUGGUUUACAAAAAAUACACGCUGAAGAAAAAAAGGCCUAUCAACGUUAUUCAGAAAAUGGCAUACCGAAGGAAUUAAGUUUAUUGCAGAGUAGAUUGUCUUUGCAUCACUAGAUAGCAAUCCAUUUAUUCAUCGCAGUAAGAUUUUUCUUCAUAAAAUUUAAUACUUUC